CAUUCAUGUUACAAUUUUUUUUAAAAUAUUAAUGUUUAUAACAAAGUAAAGAAAAAAAUGUAAUGAAUAUUUUUAAAAGAAAUUUAAUUACACUAAUUUUGAAGGGAAUCAGGAAGAAGGGGGCUAAAAAGGGGGGAGGGGGGAAGAGAUAUCAACUCUAGAAUCAAGAGCACCAAUCACGUGGAGGAUGGAGUUUGCAGGACCUUGAAGGUCAGAAUGAAUGGGAAAAAGGGCCUUUGAAAAAUCUCGCCUUCAUACCUCUCUUGAUGAGGGAGAACUCCAGAAAACUCUGCAUCAAUUUGUUUCGGAAGAUGGAGAUUGGAAGCGGAGUGAGUUCGAUUCUCUUCUACCUACGGGAUAUGUUGCAGCAAAUAGCGAAAAUCAAGCAUGUAAGCAUGGAAGCAGAUUGGAACGCCAAAGAUUCUCGUUGGAGCAUCGCAUGGAAGUGGCCAGGUGCUCAAAGGGUGAGAACAUUUCUCUGGCUUGUCUUGAAUGGCCGAUUGCUCACCAACCAGGAAAGAUUCAGAAGAAGAAUGCCAGCCAAUUAUCAUUAUAACUUAUGUAAUGGAGAGGUAGAAAACCUGAAUCAUGCGCUCAGGACCUGCAAACUUACCUCCUCUUGCUGGCACCUCAUCCUUCCCAUGGACAACCCGCAACAAUUCUACCUGCUGCCGUUUGACAGCUGGAUUGGGGAAAAAAUCUCAAAGCCAAUACGAUUAAUCCAACGUCGCAAGUUCCUUUUGGCCUUCUCUGUUGGAAGCUCUGGUCUGCUCGAAACCAUCCUGUUUUCUGCAAUAAAACAGUGCGGGCUCAUCGUUUGGUUAAUGAAGUUUUAUUUAUGUCCCGGUCACCAUAGUCGUCGUGCGCGAGACGGUCAUAGAGCUCUGGAAUUGGAUUAAUACUUCUCCUGCUUGACCCGAGCGGGUGAGUUUUGGCCCGGCACAAAGAUUUUUGUUUUUAAUA